AUGGUAAAAGUAGCAGUUUUAGGUGCCGCGGGUGGUAUUGGACAACCAUUGUCCUUGUUGGUCAAAUUGAACCCUAAUGUUGAUGAAUUGGCAUUGUUUGAUGUGGUUAAUGUUCCAGGUGUAGGUGCCGAUUUGGGCCACAUUAACUCGGCUUCCAAGACUCAAUCGUAUUUACCCUCGUCAAAGGAGGAUAAGACCGCUUUAGCUGAGGCUUUAAAAGGUUCAGAUAUUGUAAUAAUUCCAGCUGGUGUCCCAAGAAAACCAGGUAUGACAAGAGACGAUUUGUUCAAUAUCAAUGCUUCUAUCUGCCAAGGAUUAGCUGAAGGUAUUGCCGAAAACAGUCCAAAAGCUUUUGUUUUGGUUAUUUCUAAUCCAGUCAAUUCAACUGUUCCAAUUUUUGCUGAAACAUUGAAGAAAAAGGGCGUUUAUGAUCCUUCAAGAUUAUUUGGUGUUACUACUUUGGACAUUGUUAGAGCAAACACUUUUAUUUCGCAAUUGUUUCCUCAGGAUACCAAACCAUCUGAUUUCAAUGUUAAUGUUGUUGGUGGCCAUUCUGGUGAAACCAUUGUGCCAUUGUAUUCCAUUGGUAAGACCAGUAAGUACUACAAUGAGUUGAAUGAAGAGCAAAAGAAGGCUUUGAUUCACAGAGUUCAAUUUGGAGGUGAUGAAGUUGUUCAAGCAAAGAAUGGUGCUGGAUCAGCAACUUUAUCAAUGGCCUAUGCUGGUUAUAAAUUAGCCGAGUCUAUUUUGAAAGCUGUUAGUGGAGAAGGUGGAAUUGUUGAAUGUUCCUAUUUAAACUUGGACCCAAAGAUUAAGGGUGCUUCUGAAGCAAGAAAAUUGGUUAAGGACUUGGAUUUCUUUUCUUUACCUGUUUUAUUAGGUAAGAAUGGUAUUGAAGAAGUCAAGUAUGAUAUUUUGAACGAGAUCAAUGCUGAUGAAAAGAAACUAUUGGAAGUUGCUGUUGAGCAAUUGGCAAAGAACAUUGAGAAGGGAGUUGCAUUUGGCUCUAAAUAG